AUGUCCACUUCAAUCACUAAACAAUCAUGUUCCAGACAGAGCUCCGGCAAAGGACUGAUCUUCACCGACGAGAGAAAAAGAAAUCCGGCGACUUCCAGCUGCAGAUUCAGAAUACCCAUAAGAAGAUCAACAACGGGUCUUUUUCCACUUAGAUUUCUCAGGCAACUUGGGGACAAAAUGGCGGCUGCCUUAAACUUGAUUUCCGGCAAGACCAUCCGGGGGAGGAGGAAUGAUUCUAGUCCUAACGGUGUUGUUUCUUCAUCGGCGGCGAGGUCAAAACCGUCGGUAGCUCCGGUACUUGAUUCACAUAGAGCAGAGGCAAUUAACGAUUGUAUCGAGUUUAUCUAUUCUUCUUCUUCUUUGCCGAGGUCGGAUUCUGUUACAGCCAAAGAACGUUGCUAA